UGUUUUCCUUUUCUUGUAAGAAAUGUGCUCUCAUUUUGUAUGAAUAUUUUUUUGAGAAUUGUGGAAUGACGUAGGGGAAUACACCAUACUGUAUUUGGCAACCUUGGCUGGGAGGGAAUCGAAAUUUGGUUUUCAUUCAUUGGGUUUGUGGCUUUUCCAUACUUUGAAACGUUUUGUGUAGAGUUGCAGAAGGCGCUGUCACACAUUUAUCUGAUGAUGAGGACAUAUUUUUAGUUGUAAUUCACAGUUUUAUACAAUUACAAUAUGGUCGCUAUAAAGGAGUUGUAAAAUUAGUGCUGGAUAGGUUAUAAAUUGACUGUGGGACUGAGCGCAAUGUUGGGAUCAUCUAUUCGACAGAUCGGUGCCCGCCUUCGCGAUGCUUCAGUUACUUCGAGUGAAUUGUGUGAAGCUGCCGUACGGCGAGCUGAAAAAAUUAAGGAAUUGAAUGCGUUUGUUACCGUAACGAAAGAUGUUGCAUUCGAUGGAGCCCAACAGUCAAAUUUUCGAUUUUCGAAAGGGAAACCUAUUGGACCUCUUGAUGGAGUUCCUAUUGCGGUGAAAGAUAACUUUUGUACUCAGGGAGUGCAGACUACUUGUGCUUCAAGAAUGUUAGAGACAUUUAAUCCCAAAUAUAAUGCCACUGUUGUUCAAAAUCUGUUGGAUGCAGGUGCUGUAUUGUUAGGGAAAUGUAAUAUGGAUGAGUUUGCAAUGGGGAGUGGUACUGUUGAUUCAUUCUGUGGACCUACAAAAAAUAUAUGGCGAUCGAAGUUUGAUCCCUCAGUCCAAAAACAAAAUGCUAGUGGGGAUGGUCCUAAUAGCCAAGAUUGGCAUAAUUGGCAUAUUGCUGGAGGCAGUUCAGGAGGCUGUGCUGUGGCUGUGGCAAGUGGGGCAGUAUUUGCGUAAAGAUCUGCUUAAUGUUCUAGUUGCUAUUAUAUAACCAUGUUUGUUAACAUCAAGUUUUCAACAUUUUCAAGUGUAAAAAUUGAAUAAGACUUCCCAUCGAGUUGAGUAAUUCUUUUUUGUAUUAGUUAUUUCCAACUUCAUAUAGUAUGCCUGGUUUUCUAGAUAUCUUGAAAUAAAGCCCAACUAUUUUCCUGAAUUGGAGAUGUAUUAAAAGUAGAGGUGCAAUAAUAUAAAGACUUGAAACUUAGUUCAAGAUGAGAAUUAAUAUUAUGAAUCAUUUAAUUAAUCAUAAAUGAGCCCUAAUUUGUUUUAGCCUAAAGAUUUCAAAAUUGGAAGGAAAGUAUUACAACAAAUAAGUAUUACUUUGACUUGAUUUCAAAGUUAAUAAAACAGAAAAUGUGUUAUGAAAAAACUUGCUCAACAUGACAUUUUUCCAUUAUUUUUCAAUAGAGGUCACGGGAAGGUUUUUAAAGAAUUGUACGUGCCCAAUUUGGUGACUCUCUUAGGAAGCUAACCAUAAUUUUCUCACUAAUUGAAUUAAGAGUUCAUUAAUUAUUUCAGAAAUUUUAUUUUGUGUAGUAUAUUCAAUGUUCUGAAAAUAUUGUAUUAUAUGAAAUUGAGGUCUGGAUGUAAGUGGCGUUUGCUUAAUUAUUGAAAAUUAUGGAUUCAAUGUUUAGGAAGUGUUCUCUCCCCCGCAGCAAUAUUAUUCUGUAACUGCUGAUAAUAUUUUGAGUAUAGUAAACAUUGGCAUACUUUUCGUUUUAUCUUCCUUGAGUGCAUUUAUGAUGAAUUAAUUUUUAGGAAUAAUAAUGAUAUUUCAACAAAUUUGCGCAUGUACACAUUAUGUCAAGACAUUUUUACUAAAAUGUAGAGUUAGUUUAGAGUUACUUUAGAGUAUCUGCUUAUAAUUCCAGGAGGUAAAAACAAUUAUUGAAUCUGCCUGAUUUUAAUUUAUUUUUUAAUGUGUAAUCAUACUUGUUGGUGAAAUGCAUUCUGUUUGUAUAUGUAGGGCUUUAGGCUCUGAUACUGGCGGUUCUACCAGAAACCCAGCUGCAUAUUGUGGGCUUGUGGGAUAUAAACCAACUUACGGUCUACUUUCACGACAUGGGCUCAUUCCUCUUGUGAACUCUAUGGAUGUUCCUGCGGUUCUUACUAGGACUGUAGAUGAUGCUAUUCUAGUUCUAGACACUGUUGCUGGUUGGGAUGCUAAGGAUUCAACAUCUAUUACUAUUGAUGAGAGACCUGCAUGUAUUGUGAAUGAUCAAAAUAUACAAAACAUUUGUGUUGGCAUUCCAACUGAGUACCAUUCUCCAGGUCUUUCAGAAGAGGUCUUAGAAGCUUGGAAUAUAGUGGCAGACAUAUUUGAACACGCAGGUGCCAAAGUAAUACAGGUAUCGUUGCCUCAUACACCAGCAUCAAUGCUUGUUUAUUCUGUACUUAAUCAAUGUGAAGUAGCUAGUAAUAUGGCUCGCUAUGAUGCUAUUGGAAUUUGGUUUACGAUUCUUCAGAGAGUGAAUCUAGUGAUGAACUUUUUGCAUCUUCACGAAGAAAGGAUUGGAGAAGUUGUGCGAAGUCGCGAGUUUAGCUGGAAAUUAUUUCUUAUUACAAAGGGGCGAUGUAUUUUUGAUAGCAUCUCAUUAAAACAUAAAAAUUACACAAAAUAUUUUGUGCAAGCCCUAAAGGUUCGCAGACUUAUUGUUAACGAUUUUGAACGAGUGUGGUCCUCUGGAGUGGAUGUACUUCUGACUCCCACUACCCUAAGUGAUGCUCCACAAUACAAAGAUUUCAUUCGUUUGGAAAAUCAGCAACAAUGUGCGAUGCAAGAUUAUUGCACACAACCUGUAAAUCUGGCAGGAUGCCCAGCCAUUUCAGUUCCCAUAAAGUUGUCAAAAAAUGGACUUCCUAUUAGUUUACAGUUGAUAGGGAAGUUUUCUAAUGACAGAAUGUUGCUUUCGGUUGGUAGGUUUAUUGAAGAUGCUGUAAAGUUCCCUAGACUAAACUUGAAUGAUUGAUAUUAAGAUGUAGUGUAAAUAUAAGUAGUAAAAAUAUUUUAUAUUUGUAAAUGGUUCUCUUUCAUUGAAGUUUGUGACUUAAUGAUCUAGGGCUGAAUUCAUAGUCAUCUCGUACACUGAGUGUUCCCUAAAGUGAAUGAAUCAUAUUCAUAAAGAGCCCUUGACUGAAGUCUUAAGUGAGCACUCAUUCCUAUAAGCAAGGCAGCCUCUCCCUUAAGUGUCCCUUAUGGCUCCCUCACAUCGUCAGUC